AUGUCUGCACCGCAGAUCCCAAAUCUACUCGGUUUGCGCGGCGGACCGCGAUCCAGGGGCAGCCGCGGAAGAGGGCGCGGCCGUGGCGGUGGUUCAGAACUGGUGACACCGUCCCAACAACGCAAGGAUCUCGACAUCCAGUCCACCGACACAGACGCCGCAGUGUCUCGUCUCAGCGCGGUUUCCUUGGGAUAUCUUGACGAUCCAUUUGCCUCGUACUUUGUCACCGGGCCGGGCACCCGCCGAUUGCCAAUUAUCAAUCGUGGAACCUACACUCGAACUACCGCCCUUGAUAUCCUGAUUAAUGCCUUCCUCGCCCCCCACGAUGCCAGCCACCCAGAAAGCCAAAGCCCUCCCCAACCAAAACAAAUCAUAUCCCUUGGAGCAGGCACCGACACGCGAUAUUUUCGCCUACGUGCCCAGAACAGACACCAAAAUUUAAUCUACCACGAAUUUGACUUCCCCUCCGUCUCUACGGGCAAGCUGCGACUAGUGUCGAGCAACGAAACUCUUGCAAACCAGGACCCUGCCGCGAACUUAUUUGUUCAACCUAAUAAAGCCAGCGCAGAAACUCCGGAAUCCGAAUGGGGGUUCACUCGCACUGCUGCUGAUGGCCGAUCGGAGGUGUUGUAUUGCUGCCAUCCACUCGACCUCCGGCGACUUCCGUACACACCUUCUCUCAAAUCAUUAGGCGAUAUCCACGGUCUACGAGACGAUGUUCCCACUCUUAUCAUAUCGGAAUGCUGUCUAUGCUACCUAGACGUUGAUAAUGCCCAAGAUGUAAUAAAGUGGUUUGUGGAUAGGAUACCUUCUCUGGGCAUAAUACUGUACGAACCAAUAGGAGUAGAUGACCCGUUCGGACAAAUGAUGGUGGCAAAUCUAGCGGCUAGAAAUAUCACCAUGCCCACUGUGAAGGUGUACAAGAGGCUGGGGGAUCAGAAACAGAGAAUAUCUGAUCUAGGGUUUAAGAAGACAAGUGCUGACGGAGGUCAGGAAGCGGAAGCUGUGGACCGUAUUUGGGAGAAUUGGAUAACCCCUCAAGAAAAAGAGAGAGUUGAUGAUUUAGAGGGCUUAGAUGAAGUGGAAGAAUGGCAAAUGUUGGCAAGACACUAUGCUGUCGUUUGGGGAUGGAAAGGCUCCUCAGGAUGGGAAAAUUGGAAAACCUUCCAACAAAAGUAA